GUGCUAAAAUUCGUAUUACAACUUCCGUGAUAUUUUUUGCUGUGAUAUUCUCAGUUCAACUGGAUUAAAUUUGAUCGCCAGGCCUCUAAAUGCUACCCCGCACGGCAGGAUUUGGCUGAGUUAUCCCCGAUCCUCUGCUGAGGCCUCUGAGCGGGCUUCAAUGUCGCGGAGGGCCAAAAUGGUCUUCAACGGUUCGGUGAAAAUAAAGGUUUGCGAGGCCGUGGAUCUCAAACCCACGGACUUCUCGCUACGAUUGCAGAUGGGUUCCACGAAAGAAAAAGCCUCGCAGAUGAUUGAGCCCUACGUGAAUAUUGAUGUGGAUGAAGUGUACAUAGCUAAGACCACUACGAAGCCCAAAAGUGUUAAACCACAGUGGGUUUGGAACGAGGAUUUCACGUCGGAAGUUCACAAUGGACAGAAUGUGAAUCUAACGGUGUUUCAUGACGCCGCAAUUCCACCCGACGAGUUCGUUGCCAACUGCACGAUUCCGUUUGAUGAUGUGAAAGGAAAAUCUGACUUUUGGAUCGAUUUGGAACCAAAUGGAAAACUGCACGUUGUUAUCGAGCUGUGUGGCUCCGCAACGGAAGCUGCGGAGUCCACACCAAAGGAGAAAGUGUUCAAAGAAAAGGAAGGUAUGCUCAACCGGCGGCGUGGGGCCAUGCGUCGUCGGGUUCAUCAGGUCAACGGCCACAAGUUCAUGGCAAUGUUCUUCAGACAACCCACAUUCUGCUCGCUGUGCCGGGACUUUAUCUGGGGUCUUGGCAAGCAAGGGUACCAGUGCCAAGUGUGUACAUGCGUGGUUCACAAGCGAUGUCACCAGCAUAUAGUCACCAAAUGUCCCGGUUCCCGGGAUGUAGCUAAUGAUGAGGUGACGGGCAAGCGGUUCAACAUCAACGUACCACACAGAUUCAACGUACACAACUAUAGGCGGCCAACCUUCUGUGAUCAUUGUGGCUCUCUGCUCUACGGGCUGGUGAGACAGGGACUGCAGUGCGAUGUGUGCAAGAUGAACAUUCACAAGAGAUGCCAGAAGAAUGUGGCGAACAACUGCGGCACGAACACCCGAGACAUGGCCCAGAUCUUACAGGAGAUGGGCAUAUCAGGGGACAAACUUAGACCCAAGACCAAAAAGCUGUCAAUAAGUGAGUCCCAUGAGUCCCCAAAUAAAAGUUCCCCCAUGCAUGAGAGAUCUUUAUCAUCCCCUAUACCUGUGAUCCAAGACUCUGAUGAGGCACAACCCGGCGAGAUGGGGCUGCCCAGCGACAGUCUACCGGUCAAUGCUAGCAAUGAGCAUCAGGGUUCCCGUACACGGAGCCCCUCCAGUGACCGCUCACGCUCCCACCACAGUCGCAUCAGCUUGCACGACUUCAAUUUUAUCAAAGUCCUGGGCAAAGGCAGUUUUGGAAAAGUGAUGUUAGCAGAGAAGAAAGGGACAGAUGAAGUAUAUGCUAUAAAAGUUUUGAAAAAGGAUGUGAUUAUACAAGAUGAUGAUGUGGAAUGUACAAUGACAGAAAAAAGAAUAUUAGCAUUGUCAGCCAAACAUCCUUUUCUUACUGCACUUCACUCAUCUUUCCAGACGAAGGAACGAUUGUUCUUUGUCAUGGAGUAUGUAAAUGGAGGAGAUCUCAUGUUCCAAAUUCAACGGGCUCGCAAGUUUGAUGAGCCUCGGGCACGGUUUUAUGCGGCUGAGGUGACAUUAGCUCUUAUGUUUCUGCAUAGGCACGGUAUUAUAUACAGAGAUCUGAAAUUAGACAACAUAUUGCUGGAUGCUGAAGGACAUUGCAAGAUUGCUGACUUUGGAAUGUGCAAAGAAGGCAUGACAGAGAACAAAUUAACGCAGACAUUCUGUGGCACUCCGGACUACAUUGCACCGGAGAUCCUGCAAGAACUCAAGUAUGAUGCCAGUGUGGACUGGUGGGCACUGGGCGUCCUCAUGUAUGAGAUGAUGGCAGGACAGCCGCCGUUUGAGGCGGACAACGAAGACGACUUGUUUGAGUCUAUUUUGCAUGACGAUGUCCUUUACCCUGUCUGGCUCAGCAAAGAGGCAGUUUCUAUACUCAAGGGGUUUAUGACUAAAAACCCUGCCAAGCGACUCGGCUGUGUUACUACCCAAGGGUGCGAAAAAGCAAUCCUUGUUCAUCCAUUUUUCCAUGAAAAAAUUGAUUGGGAAGCUUUGGAACAACGCAAAGUGAAGCCGCCAUUCAAGCCAAAAAUAAAAAACAAAACGGAUGCCAAUAACUUCGACCGGGACUUCACGUCAGAGGACCCUGUCCUGACGCCGGUGGAUCCGGCCGUGAUAAAGACCAUAAACCAAGAAGAGUUCCGCGGCUUCUCGUUUGCCAAUCCAGACUACGGCAAGUUAGAAAUGGAGGCAAGUGGCCAGGCGCACUGACCAGCCAUCCGGGCAGGGGACUGCCCCGCCAAGCUCAUUCUCCGGACCAUUCACUUCAAAUGAUGAUGGUGGCUGUGUUCUUUCUAGCUCUCUGUGUUUGGAUUUGUUUUGUUUUGUUCUGGGGGC